AUGACGUCUUGCGAUUGUCCAAAAAUCAUGGAACAACUACGAGCUGUAGACUCCGACCGCUCCAGGUCUCCGGUAAAAAAAAACGCAAGGGGAAAGCGAGUAGACUCUAGUCAAAGACUAAUGAUAAUUAAUGCGUACAAAGCAAAAUUGGAGGCAGAUCCGGAAAAGACUAUAAGAACACUCCGGCAAGAGAUAUCUAAAGAACUAGGCAUUGGAUCAACUACAAUUUCAAAAACAAUCAUGGUAUACAACCGUUCGAAAACUGUGAUAUCUCCAAAUAGAACUCGGGUUAAGAUAUCCGCCCGCAUUAUAUUUGACGAGUUCGCAAGAAAUCUGGUUCGUAGGCACGUGCACAGUUUUUGGUAUAAUCGUGAAAUUCCGAUAGUCGACAAAAUAUAUCAAGCGGUUUCUGACGACGAUUCUUUACCACCCAUCUCACGGACCGGCCUUUUUCGUCUUUUAAAAGAUAUGGGUUUUAGGUACAGUAAACGAAGCGGAAACGGUGCACUGACGGAAAAAAGUGAAAUAGUUUUGUGGCGUAGACGGUUUCUUAGAGAUAUACGAAAAUACCAAAAAGAGGGUCGGCAUUUAUAUUACUUGGAUGAAACCUGUAUAAAUGUCGGUGAAUGCACAAUACAAUCACCAUGGGACGCACAAUUAAAAGGUCAAACAACCGCUGCUGUAAAUGCAUCGGGAGAAGAUAAACGUGUUAUAGUUCUCAACAUAGGUUCCGAAGACGGCUUUGUUCCCGACGCAUUAUUAUGUUUUGAGUCGAAAAAGAAAACUAGGGAUUUUCACGAUGAAAUUAAUGCCGAAAUAUUCAACAGUUGGAUGGAGAGUGUAUUGCCCAGAUUAAAAAAGAAUUGUGUGGUAAUCAUGGACAAUGAAUCAUAUCAUUCAGUAAAGAUUGACAAAGCACCUACGUUGAAAACCGAGAAGGCUGAUAUUAUUAAUUGGUUGAAGGAUAAAAAUGUAACUAUAGACAGACCCAUGGUUAUCCCAGAACUCCUUUUAAUGGUGAAAAAGGUAAAGCCGCUUCAUGAUAAAUAUGUAAUUGACGAACUAGCAAAACAAUAUGAUUGUAUCAUACUAAGAAUACCGCCAUAUCAUUGCGAGCUUAACGCAAUUGGAUUGGCUUGGCCAUUGGUCAAAAAUUAUGUAAGUAUGAAUAAUACAACUUUUAAAACAACUGAUGUCAAACAAUUAUUAAUUGAGGGCGUCGAACGUGUGAAGCCAAAUAUGUGGAAGAGUUUUAUCAGUCAGACGAAGGCAGAAGAAGACAAACUUUGGAAACUUGAUUACAUUGUAGAUGACAUUUUAGAAGCAGAAACUGUAACGACGACAAACGGAGAUACAUCCUCAGACGACUCCAGCAUUACAUCUGACUAA